GGCGCAUGCGCAGUGAGGUCCGUCUGCCCGACCUUCAGCCGGGCCGGUACCACCAUGUUCUGUCGAGCUACUCUCGCAGGCUCCUCCGCCUUGGCUCUGCAGCCACAAUGGAUCCAAGUCAGAAAUAUGGCAACCCUAAAAGAUAUUACCAGGAGAUUGAAGUCAAUCAAAAACAUUCAGAAAAUUACCAAGUCCAUGAAAAUGGUAGCUGCUGCAAAGUAUGCCCGAGCUGAGAGAGAACUAAAACCGGCUAGAGUGUAUGGAGUUGGAUCUUUGGCUCUUUAUGAAAAAGCUGAUAUUAAGGCUGCAGAAGACCUGAAGAAACACCUCAUUAUUGGUGUAUCCUCAGAUAGAGGCCUUUGUGGUGCUAUCCAUUCCUCAAUUGCUAAACAGAUGAAAAAUGAGGUUGCUACCCUCACAGCAGCUGGGAAGGAAGUUAUGAUUGUUGGAGUUGGUGACAAAAUCAGAGGCAUACUUCAUAGAACUCACUCUGACCACUUCUUGGUGACAUUUAAAGACGUCGGGAGGAAGCCCCCUACCUUUGGAGAUGCUUCAGUUAUUGCCCUUGAAUUACUAAAUUCUGGAUAUGAAUUUGAUGAAGGAUCUAUUAUCUUUAAUAGAUUCAGGUCUGUUAUCUCUUAUAAAACAGAAGAAAAACCCAUCUUUUCCCUAAAUACCGUUGCAAGUGCUGAGAGUAUGAGUAUUUAUGAUGACAUUGAUGCUGAUGUGUUGCAAAACUAUCAAGAGUAUAGUCUGGCAAAUAUCAUCUACUACACUCUAAAGGAGUCCACCACCAGUGAGCAGAGUGCAAGAAUGACAGCUAUGGACAAUGCUAGCAAGAAUGCCUCUGAGAUGAUUGAUAAGUUGACUUUGACAUUUAACCGUACUCGCCAAGCUGUCAUCACAAAGGAGUUGAUUGAAAUUAUCUCUGGUGCUGCAGCUCUGAACUAACGGAUCCAAGUUUUAUGCACAUUCGAGGUAAAGACAUGAGAUACAAAGCAAGCUAAUUAGCCUAUUUUUGUCUGUCAGAAGAACUCCAUUGUGUACAUGGAAGACAAAAUAUUUGUAAAUUAUCUUACAAUAAACAAAUUAUGUGAAAACAA